UAUAGCGCGAAAAGUGAAACCAAAAUUUUCACUUUUGCCAUUUUCCUUUAUUCAUUGUAAGAUUUAUUUAACUCGGCAACGGUCGUGCUUAUAAUUUUCACUUUUGUUUUUUCUCGCGUUCGGGAUUUGUGUCAAAUAAGCUUCUUGAGUGCGUUAUUUUUUCUUUAAUAAUUCAACGUUAGUUGUUUACAUUGGCGCGUCGUUCUCACUUUCUACAACUUAUUAGAAAUAAAUAGUUAAAAAGGAAAUUUUGCAUUCGGUCUGUGAUAUUUCAUUUGAAAUUUAUUGGAAAAAUUUUGUUAAUUGUAAUUUAUUGUAAGUGGUUUUUGUGGUUUUGGAAUUGUGGUAGUAAUGAUAAAGACUGAAAUGAGACGUACACGUAAGACACGAGAAAGAGAUAAAAAACAACAUGUUUUGCUGGCAGUGAAAGUGGACAUUGUAUAAUAUUUUGACUUUUACCGUUUUCAUCGAACCGCAUUAAUGAAAACGUCAGCACUUGGAACUAAUAAUAUGUUAAAAACUGACGGUACAGCGAUGGGAGAAAUUGUUGAAGCGACCAACAAUGGCCCGGAUUUAGUUGGUGUCGAAAUUCCACCUUUAAGAAUGCAACAAUCUUCCGUUUGGACCAGAAGUCAACAAGCUGUAAGCGUUCGGCAUGCUUUCAAACAUUAUGGCACCAAGAAAAAACCUAAUCAUGUUCUUACCGAUUUAAAUAUGACGGUGGCUAAAGGCACAAUUUAUGGUUUAUUGGGUGCUUCUGGUUGCGGAAAAACAACGUUACUUUCCUGUUUAGUUGGUAGGAGACGAUUAAAUGAAGGUGAAAUAUGGGUUUUGGGUGGAAAACCGGGCACGAAAGGUUCCGGGGUUCCCGGAAAACGCGUCGGUUACAUGCCACAAGAAAUCGCUUUAUACGGAGAAUUCUCUAUAAAGGAAACCAUGAUGUAUUUCGGGUGGAUUUUUGGAAUGGAAACAUCCGAAAUUAUCGAACGGCUAAAGUUUUUGUUAAACUUUUUGGAUUUACCUGGUCAAAAUCGUCUGGUGAAAAAUUUAAGUGGAGGCCAACAAAGACGUGUGUCUUUCGCUGUAGCUCUCAUGCACGACCCAGAACUUUUAAUUCUGGAUGAGCCAACCGUAGGAGUCGAUCCACUUUUACGACAAAGUAUAUGGAAUCAUUUGGUUCAAAUCACAAAAGACGGUCAUAAAACGGUCAUCAUAACAACUCAUUACAUCGAAGAGGCACGUCAAGCGCACACGAUUGGGUUAAUGAGAAGUGGAAAACUCCUAGCUGAAGAAUCCCCGCAUGUUCUUCUUUCCAUGUACGGGUGUCAAUCACUCGAAGAAGUCUUCUUAAAGCUCUCUAGAAAACAAGGUCAACUCAAUAACCCUACAGAUUAUCCUGUUAACAACAUAAGCGCAGCGCAACUUAAUUGGGAUCGUAAAAAUGACUCUAUUUAUGUUACUGAGGAAAGUGGUGUAGUAGGACUUAAUUUUCAUCAAAGUAAAGAAGUCCUUAUUAAUGAAGCUACUCAUAACGGUAUUCCUGAUUUAAGAAAUCAACAACCACCAUCAUCUAAAACACCAUCAUCUUCCGACGAUUCUUGUUCUUGUAGUAACGUUACUUCUUGGGGUAAAAUUAGAGCACUUCUUCAAAAAAAUUUUCUACGUAUGUGGCGAAAUGUUGGAGUGAUGUUGUUUAUUUUCGCACUUCCGGUUAUGCAGGUUAUUCUAUUUUGUUUGGCGAUAGGAAGAGAUCCGGUCGGAUUAAAAUUGGCCAUUGUUAAUCAUGAAACGAUGUUUUGGAAUCGAUCGUAUCAAGAAUGCAAUUUUGAACAAGGCUGUGUAACAACGAACUACAGUUGUCGAUAUUUGCGACAUCUAAAACACGAUACGAUAGUUAAAGAGUAUUACGAAGAUCCCGGGGCUGCAAUACAAGCCGUAAAAUCUGGAGAUGCAUGGGGGGCUCUUUAUUUUACUGAAAAUUUUACGGAUGCUUUGGUCGCUAGGAUUGGUUUAGGUCGAACUGCCGAUGAAGAAACUUUAGAUCAAAGUGAAAUCAGAGUUUGGCUGGAUAUGUCAAAUCAACAAAUUGGGAUUAUUCUUCAACGUGAUCUACAAUUGAGUUAUCAAGAUUUUGCGAAAGAUCUAUUAGUUUCGUGCGAACAAAAUCCAGCUAUUGCAGACGUUCCUAUUUCUUUUAAAGAUCCAAUUUAUGGUUCAAGUCAACCCUCUUUCACUGAUUUCGUUGCUCCUGGAGUUAUCUUAACCAUCGUAUUUUUCUUAGCCGUUGCUUUAACGUCAUCUGUAUUGAUCGUUGAAAGAACCGAAGGAUUAUUAGAUAGAUCUUGGGUCGCAGGUGUAUCUCCGGGAGAAAUUUUAUUUUCACACGUCGUAGUACAAUUUGUAGUAAUGUGUGGACAAACUGCAUUGGUGCUAAUUUUUAUGAUGUUGGUUUUUGGUGUACAAUGUAAAGGAGAUAUAGGUUGGGUUAUUGUAAUAACAAUUUUGCAAGGUUUAUGUGGAAUGUGUUUCGGUUUCGUAAUUUCGGCGGUUUGCGAGUUGGAAAGAAACGCAAUUCAAUUAGCCUUGGGUAGUUUUUAUCCAACACUUUUAUUAAGCGGUGUUAUUUGGCCUAUUGAAGGAAUGCCUAUUUUACUUCGAUACGUUUCUAUAUUUCUUCCGCUAACGAUGGCCACAACGUCUUUACGUUCUAUGUUAACAAGAGGAUGGUCUAUAGCCGAACAAGACGUUUAUAUGGGUUUUAUAUCAACUAUAAUUUGGAUUGUUUUAUUCUUAUCCAUAAGCAUGAUUGUACUAAAGACGAAAAAAGGAUAAAAUAAUUUAAAAAAACAACAAAAAAUUCCUUCCUUAACGAAAACUAGUUUUUAGAUUAUAUUUUCUUUGUCUUCUGGUAUUUUUCAGUUUGGAUUUGUCAUCCGUUUCACACAUCGCCCAAUUUUCUUCCAUCUAUCUCUCUUUUCUUUGUACUUACGUGUAGAUGUUACCAUAGUAAAUAGUUUUGUAUUUCUAUCCAAAAAGUUUACUCAAUACAAUAAGCAAUACUUAUUUAAGUAUUAGCAAUUACGACGUGACAUAGAUGCUCAAAUACGUAGUUUUUUUUAUUUAGUAUUGAUUAAUUAUUUACUUAUCUGUUAAUAUGAAGAAUACAUAAGGUUAUGUGAUUGUACAUUUUGUUACAAAAUAAAAUUAUUUCAGGAAAAA